UCAGAUCUGAACUUUUGGUAGCGCCUGACUCCACUCAGAAGACGCUUGCUCUUAUUUCAACCUUUCCUCUCUGGCCUGCUGCCAUAGAUGAGGAUGCAUUUAUCCCCCUAUCACUCACUAAAGCAAAGCUUGCCUUCAGACAGUUCAGAUCUGACUUUCUAACGGGGACAAGCAAGUGGAAUCCAAGAAGAGCCGAGUGCUUCUGCCAAGAUACUGUUUUCCAUUCGUUCCAUACAGGAUCUACCAUGCGGAGCUUUUUAUGUCUUCUUUUCCUGUUCAAAAUUCUAGUCCCUAGUUUUGCUGCCUCCCUCCAUAGACAACUUGACCAGGAACAGAUUGAAGAAGUGUUCUUGGAUGCCACGUCUGCAAAGAAAUUCUUGAGCCGUAAGAUUCUUUAUAACCACUGGGAUUUUGAGCUGAUUGUGCGUGAUAACUUGGAGCGUGAAUGCAUAGAAGAAGUUUGCAGCUAUGAAGAAGCUCGGGAAGUCUUCGAAGACGACAUAAAAACAAUGAAUUUUUGGAACAACUAUAGAAAAGAAGCAGGAAAUCCUGGAAUAGAUGUGGCAGGCCUGGUGGCUGGCCUGAUUGCAGCUUUGGUGGCUAUUGUCAUGUUUAUAAUUGUGGCCAUGUAUUGUAUCAAAUAUCGGGCUAAAGAGAGAAAUCGAUCCAGAAGAACGCAGGAAAAUUUGAAUCCAGGGAUUCCCCUUACCUGCUUUGAUGAUGAGCCCAAGCCAGAAUCUGCACCUGGGCUUCCUUCUUAUGAGCAAGCAAUGGCAGCUUCAGGGGUGCACGAUGCGCCACCCCCACCUUACAACAGGAAUAGCAAUUUGACUCGGCCAACCUGAGUUUUCAACAGCCGGAUAAAUAUUCUUGAAAUACCUAUUUCAUCUUUGCAAAAGACACUAUGCACACCCUUGCAACAUAGCCAAGGCAGGGAGCACAUGUGACUUUGAAGCAGACAAUUAAUGCAUACUGGAUAUGAAGCUGCAGUAUGUGGAGACUGUGUAUGAGUGGCAGGUGUGUGCAGAAGAGGAUAUUGCAACAUGUUUUGGUUGAGAAAUUAAAAUCUAAAAUUGCAAAUGUACAUAUUAGGACCGAUAUCACUAGGUUAAUGUGAAAGUGAAAUGCUAAUUUGCACAGAGUUCCUCCUCCCAUUUCCCCCCCUCUUCCAUUCAUCUUAUGAAUGAAUUUUUUAUAACCGUCUUUUCUAUCAACAUAUGAUUAUGCAAGGAUUAUAUUAAGGAUAAAUAAAAAAUAGUUUUAUUUGGAGGUAAACAUGACUGAUCGUGGCAGACUAAUUAAUAUAAUAGGAAUUGCAAGCUGGUAUAAAAAAAAUCUUAAAUAGCUCAAGACAGAGAUUCAGUUUGGAGAAACUGCUCUGGAUUAUACAAGCUCAGACUUCUAUUCAAGUGCAGAAAGAAUAGAGAUAUUACAAGUUGUCUUCUGUGAUUGGCAUGCAGUAUAAAAAACAGGAAUGGCUAGCUUGAUGUAUUCAUUGGCAACAUUACAUUUUGCCCCUGCUUGUUCCAAAGAAUAGUAUUUGUUAUGGCCACUGACUUAGCAAAAUUCAUGAUCUAUUCUAGAGACUGUUCUAAGAGCAGAACAUAGAAGAAGCUGACUUAGAUCACAUCAGGUUAUUUGACCAUUUGGCCCAGUGUUAUUGCUUGACUCACAUCUGCUCUCCAGAAGCCUCAGCAGUGAAAGGCUUCUCCCUCCACAGCUGCCUGAUCCAUUUAAAAAUUUGGUCUGGAUUAAGUUUGAUUUUAUUUGUAUACAAAGCGGGUUCCCCAUUUCUAAGCUCUGUUCCCCUCUUAACCUGAAGACAGACACGCCCACGCACUCUUCAAAACUGGUCCUGAGAAUUUUAUUAGGGAAGGCAGAUUAGCAAUGCAAAUUGGAGCACAGGUAUUUCAAGACAAGUAGGAAAUUUAGCCAGAGGUGGAAAACAAGUAAGAAAGUCCUAUCAACCACAGAACAUAGGUGCACCUCUGCAGUGAUGUAAGCAUGAAAGAGUGGGAACAAAACAUGUUUAUAAAUACUUCUAAGAGCUAUAUUGCACAGCUGUCUAGAGCACAAGAUGAGAAUGAAAUGAGAAUGAUGAUGUAGUUGGACAAAAACCCAUAAGCACAGAUGUUAAAUUCAUAUCUGCCCUGCCUUUCCACUUAUUUGUCAUGAAAUAUUGUUUGCGUGGCUAUGAGUACAAUAGAGAGAACACUCCAACAGAGCUGUAAGGAAGGAGAAGCAGUUUGCUGAGUGUUGGCGAACAAUAAUGUGACCAAUUAAAUGAGUAAUCUGUGAAUCUUUUAACAUGAUUUCUAUGGAAAAUAAAAUUUUAAAAGCUG